UCUAUAUUAAAUAUUAUAUAAUUAGUUAUAGUAUAUUAAGUAUUAUUAAGUGUGUUGCAUGUUAAACUUUGUUAACCAAAUGAGAAUGAAAAGAGUUUUGUAAUUAUUUUGACUUCAGACUAACAAUAAGAAUAAUAUAAGAUAUAUAGUUGCCCAAUGGAGUGGAUAGUAAUACAUUUUAUAGAAGAAAAUUUAGUCGAAGCUGUACUGGUCGCAUGGGUGCAUGAUGAUAUGUGUUAUUGGCCACCAUGCACUGGCAAAAAAUUAAUUCAUUCUGUCGCAGUAUGUGAAAAACCAGUAUUCGGUGUAUGGCCAUUAUUUAAAAUUCGAAAAGUGGGAAGUGGACGUACCUAUAAUGAUUUAGUAAAAGCAAGAGCAAAGACGUGUACAGCAGAAGACACAUCAGAUUUGACAUCAGAUCCUGAAAGAAAAAGAAUUCGGAAAAAGAAAAAAUAUCUUUAUGAUACUGAUAGAGGAGAUGAAAGCGGAUUAAAUAAUUUAUUACGACACGUGCACGAGAAUCAGUUUGACAAGACUUUAUUGCGCCACGUUCGAAAAGGAAGUGGCGGGAUAAGAGAGUCGAUAUUCCUUGCGCGCCUCUUGAUACAUUUAUCUAGAUGGCACACUAACAGAGAUCGUGUCGUUGCUUAUCAUGCGUGUUGAGCUUUAGCCUCUAGUUUAUGAGUGUAAUCCCAUGUAAAUAUAUAACUAAAAACU